ACAGUUAAAUGUGUAAUUCAGUUCUGAAAAAAUAUUAUUAGUAUUUCAGUUAAAUUAAUAUUUGUUUUGUAAUGCUUAAAUGUCACGCAAAUCCGUUCUUUUUUGUGUUAAGACACUGUUUUCUUUUUUUGUUUUUUUUUGGAAAACGUAAUACUUAUUUUCUAUUUUUAAAACUUGAUUACAUUAACAACAUGUUUUGCAACAUUGCCAUUUCUUAAAUGUUCUUCUAUUUAUCUCUUCCAACAGAGUAUGCAUUGUAUAAACGAUACAAGAAUUGCUGAAAUAUGGAUAGUAGGCCUACAAAUGAAUACAGAAACAGCAAUACUACUGUUCUUUAGUAUAUUGACAAUGUAUAUCUUUAUUCUUAUAGGAAAUUGUUUGAUUGUAAUAAUGGUUCUGUCUAGAGUCCAACUUCACUCUCCAAUGUACUUCUUUCUUUGUAGUUUAUCAUUAUGUGAAAUUAUUUUUACCAGUAACUUGAUACCUUUGCUUUUGUAUACUCUAUUGAAUGGGGGAGCUGCUGUAUAUUUGAGUAGUUGCUUGGGACAAUACUAUCUUGGUGCAUCUCUAGCAGUAACGGAGUGUUUUCUUCUUGCAGUAAUGUCAUUGGACCGCUACUUGGCAAUUUGUAACCCUCUCCAUUAUACAUUAGUUAUGAAUUUGAAAUUAUGCCUUGAACUAAACAUGGUGUCAUGGACAACUGGAUUUGCAAGCAUGCUGACAGUAGUCAUCUUGAUGUUUCAGUUAGAUUUCUGUGGACCAAAUGUAGUUGAUCAUUAUUUCUGUGAUUUUGCUCCUAUUUUAGAGCUUUCUUGUUCAAAUAUAUUUGUUAUAAAAACUGAAGGCACUCUGUGGACAUUUUUUAUAACAAUAUUCCCAUCUGCAUUUAUCGUUGGAACUUAUGUUUGCAUUAUCCUUGCCAUCUUUAGGAUCUCAUCAUCUACAAAGAGACAGAAAACUUUUUCCACAUGCAGUUCUCAUCUGAGUGUUGUGUGUUUGUUUUAUGGAUCACUGAUUAUACUGUAUGUGAUACCUCACCAGGGCCUUUCUAGUUUAAAUCACAAAUGUAUGUCUCUAAUUUACACUGUAGUUACCCCUUUGCUUAACCCCAUCAUUUACAGCUUUAGAAAUCAAGAGAUUAAAUUAGUUUUGAAAAAAAUGUUAACUGAUUUAAAGCAGUUGUUAACCUUUAAAUUAGCUUUUAGAAUGACGUAA